AUGUCUGCGCCGCCUCUGCGUUACAUGCGGUCAUUCUUUGUCCUCCUUUUGAUGAAGCCUCUGCUUCUAGAUGAUCAUUGGGGCCUCGCUAUGCCACUUGCGCAGCGGCAGAGCUCGGGGAGUUCCUCAGCUGGAGACCAGAGUCAGUCGAUUCUUUUGCGCCAGUAUGGCACUGUUUAUGUCGUGGCAGCCAGUGGAAUAGGCGUGUUGCGGUACAGUCUUGGUUCAGUUGGUUCAGAAUACCCGCUCCUGACCAGUGGCUCUCGACAAACUCUAUAUAACUCGGGUCAGUCCUACAUCAACAAGCCCUUCUUUGUCCCCGACUAA